AUGGCCGCGCGCGCGCUCCUCUUCGUCAUCCUCGCCGUUUGCCUCGCACUGCUGCCCGCUGCUGUUCGCGCAGCACGCGCUCUCUGCCCGGAGCGCUGCGAGUGCGGACGCGCGCCACAACACGUCCUGUGCGCCAACCGGGGGCUGCGCACGGUGCCGGGCGCGCCGCCGGCGGAGAGCGCGCGGCUCGUGCGCGUCCUCGUCCUAGCGGGCAACUUCAUCGACGUCCUGGGCGCGCGCGAUCUAGCGCGCUACGGCCACCUGGCACGCCUGGACCUGCAGUUCAACCGCAUAGGGCGCGUGCACGCCCGCGCGUUCGCGAGGCUCUCCGAGCUGCAGGAGCUCUACCUUGGCCACAACCUCCUCUCCGCCGUGCCUCCGCGCGCACUGCAGCCGUUAACGAAGCUUGCCGUGCUCUACGUGAACGACAACGUCAUCGAGGAGCUCGAGCGCGAAGCCUUUGGAGACUUAUCGAGCGUGGUUCGACUGCGGCUGGACGGGAACGCGCUCGAGACGCUGCGCGAGUCCGUUUUCGAGCCUCUGUCCGGUCUGGUGGCGCUGCAGCUCGAAUCCAACCGUCUGCGCCACGUGCACCCCACCGCCUUCGCCAACCUCACGCGCCUGCAGUUCCUGAACCUUUCCGACAACCGGCAGACGGAGCUGCGCGACGCGCGCACUUUCGCGCACCUGGAAUCGCUCACAACGCUGCUGCUCGCGCGCAACCGCAUCGCGCACGUUGGCGCGCGCAUUUUCCAGGACCUGCGGAGGCUCUCGACACUCUCGCUGAGUGGGAACAGGAUCACGCGGCUCGAGCCCGAGGCUCUGGCGGGCCUCUCGCGCCUGCGGGAGCUCGCGCUGGACGGCAACGCGCUGACCGAGGUGCCCGCGGGCCUCUUAGACCCGCUCGCGCGCCUCGAAAGCCUUGACCUGAGUGCCAACCAGAUCGCGCGCGUGCACGAGGCUGCCUUCACGCACCUCGCGCGCCUACGCGUGCUCACGCUGCGCGACAACAGGCUCGCGAGGCUGGCGGGCGGCGCGCUCGCGGCCAACUUGGCGCUGCGCGCGCUCGACCUGCGGGGUAACGAGUGGACGUGCGGCUGCCGCGCCGAAGCACUGAGGAGUCGCGCGGGGGGAGUCGGAGAGCUGGCGGUGCGGUGCCGCGAGAGGGAGGAGGAGGAAGAAGAAGAGGAGGAGGAAGGUAAAGAGAGGGAGGAGCGCGCGGAGAGAAUGGAGCAGAGGGACUCGUGUGUAGAUGAGGACCAGGAGGAGAGGAUAAGAGGAGGUGAGGAGGUGGAGGAUGAAGGAGGUGCAGAGGAGCGCGCGGAGCCUCCUACAGAGCGGAGAAAAAAGAACAUGAGUACGAAUUUAGGAGCUGGCAAAAAGCGCGGGAAACCAAGAGCUCUUACCGGAGCCUUGACGACAAAAAUAGUUCCCAUGACAACGAAGGACGCCGUUGUCGCUCAGCAACGCGUUGACUCCUUGCAACAGGAAAAGCGCUAUGAACACACCGCUGCCUUAAAAGACGCCUGUCACUUUAACCGUCACCACAUCGCCAACGUGACCGUGGACCAGGUCACGGACAGUACGGCCACUGUCCGCUGGACCGCAGCAGCGGACCGCGGCGAGCUCGCGCUGCACUUUCGGGUUUUCUUCGACCGCCUCGGCAGCUCCGCGCGCUUCCCGCGCUAUGCGUACGACGACGGCUCGAGCAGCUCGCUGACGCUGCGGGAGCUCCGCCCGGAUUCCGCCUACCUGGCAUGCGUUGAGAGUGUGGUGGGCGGGGUUUCGUGCCACGUGGCCUCGCGCGAGCACUGCGCAGGCUUCGUGACCGCGGCCGGCGUUCGCGAGGCGGAGGCGUGGCACGUGGCGGCGGCUGCUCUGGCGCUGAGCGUGCUGCUCGCGUUGUUGCUGGGAGGGGCGGGGCUGGCGCGCGCGCUCACGAGGAGGAGGAGGAGGAGCAGCAGGAUCAAAGGCGGGAGAGCGUACUCGUACUCCGCGCGCACGCCUUUUCGCGCUGCCGUGGCAACCGCCUGCGCGUCGUCCGAGUUCAGCGCGUACAGGAGCGGGCGCGCGCUGGCCGAGGACGGAGAUCUGAUCCAGUUUACAGGAGAGAGACUAUAUAACAGCGCGCCCGGCUGUAGAGAGGAUGACGUCACGAUGCAGCGGUUCAUCGACUAGGUUCUACGACUGCAUGUU